GUGGGAUGGAGGUUCAUCAUGCAUUGGAACCACGGAAUGCUCCUCAUGCGGGGUAAAUCAACACGAAGUAUAAGACCUCAAACCUGCUCCCACCAUUCCCUCGACCUCCCACCCUUUGCAGUCAAUAACAAACUGUCUCUAUUCACCCAUCAUGACCACCUCAUCACUCGAUUUAGUGAUAUGCUCAACAUGCGGCACGCAAUUUCCUACGACCACACCCCCACCCAACUGCCAGAUCUGCGAUGAUCCCCGCCAAUUCAUCCCUCCCACUGGACAAGCAUGGACAACCCUCCGCACCCUCCGCAACCCUCCCAGCACCACCACCACCAACAACGAACCCCCCCACCCCUCAUACCACAACGAAUUCGAACACCUCCUCACCAGCCCGGAUCACCUAAACGAACUCAUCGCCAUCCACACCGUCCCCAAACUCGCCAUCGGCCAGCGCGCCUUUUUCUGCCGCACCCGCCGCCACGGCAACGUCCUCUGGGACUGCAUCCCCUUCCUCGAUGAGGAGACCAUCCGCCGGAUCAAUGAGCUGGGUGGACUCAACGCCAUCGUCAUCUCGCAUCCGCAUUACUACGCAACGCAUCUUGAGUGGGCGAGCGCGUUUGGAUGUAAGGUUUAUUUGGCGAGGGAGGAUGAGGAGUGGGUUUGUUUGAGAGGGAAGGAGGGCCUGGAGGGGGAGCAGGUGUUUUGGGAGGGAGGACGAUUGGGGUUGUUUGAUGUUUUGCCAAAACACAAGGAAUCAUGGAAGGGGGAAGAUGGUGGUACUGCUGCUGCUGCUGCUGCUAGUAGUGGUGGUGCUGAGGAGGAGGGGGAGGAGGAUGAUGAGUUGCAAGUCAUCAAAACCGGAGGCCAUUUUCCAGGGAGUACGGUGCUGUGGUGGCGGAAGCUGCGCACGUUGUUGAUUGCCGAUACUAUCGGGACGGUGCCGAGUGGGAUUUACCAUGUGGAUCGCGUGCCGGGCACGGCUUCGUUUACGUUCAUGUGGUCGUAUCCGAAUAUGAUCCCGCUGCCGCCAGAUGAGGUUCUCAAGAUUUGGCAAGCGAUCAAGCAUACGGACUUCGAUUCAACAUAUGGGGCGUUCGUGGGAAUGCAUACGCAUGGAGAUAGCAAGAAGCGGGUUUUGGAGAGUGCUCAGAUCUUCGUCAAGGCGAUGGGAUAUCUGGACCAUGCUAUUCACCAGGAAGAUUGUUCUUGACGGAGAGAUCUAUAAGGUAUUUAUCCACUGCAUGCCUUGCUCUGCUUUACUGUAUAUCCAUAUCAACCCGUGGGCAUUCGGAUGCAUCGGGUCGUGACACAACAAGAUGCGAGUUUGUAUAGUCUUCCAGGUACAGUCCAGUUUAAUAAUACUUCCAUCUUUACACACACACGCACACGCACACCCACGCACACCCACGCACCGUCUUCAAACCUCGGUAUACGGCCUCGCAGAGGUCGACAGGACAGAAACAGUACUAG